AUGUUAUAUUUAAUAAUUGUUAUAUUAUUUUUAUUCAAUGGAUACAAUGAUGCCCGAAAACUUCUUGGGACUAAUAUAAUACUUCGUCAUGGUGAACGAACACCUAGUUAUCUAUAUUCAACAACUUCUAAUGAGCCUUAUUUUUGGCCAAAUGGUCUUGGACAAUUAACUGUUCGAGGAAGAUUACAACAUAUUUCUUUAGGACAAUAUAUUCGAGAACGUUAUUCAACUUUAAUUAAUUCAACUUAUAUAGCAUCUGAAAUUACAAUUCGAAGCUCGGAUUAUGAUCGAACACUUAUGUCAGCUUAUUCAAAUCUUGUUGGACUUUAUCCAUCAUCAAAAAAUCUUCAAUUACCAGAAAAUUUUUCUUUAUCAAAUAUUUGGCCAGAAACUUUACCUUGGCAACCUAUUCCUGUACAUACUAUUCCAAAACAUAUGGAUCAUUUGAUGACUGUUGGUUCUUGUAAUCGAUAUGAAGAUUUAGUUGAUGAAUUAAGAAAAAGUCCAAGAAUUCAACGUUUAAAUAAUGAAUUUCGAAAUCUUUUUGAAUAUCUUGAAAAACAUACAAAUCAAUCUAUAGCUGAUAUAUUUAUUGCAUGGGAUAUUGCAGAUACAGUUCUUAUCGAGGCUAUUUAUAAUGUAACACCUGCAUGGGUUACACCACCGAUUCUUCGACAACUUCGUCAAAUAUCAGAUUUAUGUUUUUAUCAUCUUCUUUGUUCAUCUGAAAUUAAUCGAUUACGUGGUGGACCAUUAUUACGUGAAAUUUUACAAAAUAUUGAAAAUCUAAUAUUAAAUAAUGAACAAGGACGAAAAGUUAAAAUUUAUUUUGGACAUGAUAUGACAAUAUCUGCUGUUCUUGCUUAUCUUGGUAUUAAUUAUGUUCAUCAACCACCAUUUGCUAGUGGAUUAUUUUUUGAUCUUUAUCAACAAGAUGAUAAUUUAUAUGCUAUUCAAAUUGAAUAUUUAAAUAUGACAAAUAGUCGAGAUACACAUAUUAUGAUACUACCAGAAUGUUUUAAUGCAAUGUGUCCAUUGGAUACAUUUAUUCGAUUAUAUAAAGCAAAAUUACCCGAAGAUAUGGACAAAGAGUGCCAAUCGAUUAAAAUUCAACGUACAUAUCCUCGUAUUCAUCAUGUUUCGUUUUCAUCGAACUAA